AUGGCCUGUAUAACAGGACUUGAGGCUGAUAUCGCUCUCACUGAUGGACCAAAGAUGGAGACCAAGCAGAGGAAGGAACUGUUUAACACCCCAGUUGAUGCUGCUGCCGGACCUCUGCAGAUCCCAGCUGUCCCCCUGCUGCCUCUCGAGACCCCAGCUUUCCACAAAGUAGCUGAGGAGGCGGGGCAGGAGGCUGGGGAAGAGACCGAUCUGGAGACCGCGAAGUGGGCUGGGCCGGUGAAGCAGGCUGGACAGGAUGCGGGCGGAGCCGCUCAGGAGGCCGGUGGGGAGGCCGGGCAGGAUGCGGGCGGAGCCGCUCAGGAGGCUGGCAUGGAGUCCGAGUAUCGAGGGGCAGCUGGGGAACAGCUAGGGCCUCGAGGAGCAGCUGGGGAACAGCUGGGAUCUCGAGGGGCAGCUGGGGGACAGCUAGGGUCUGUAGAGGCGGCAGGGAGAUGGCCGGGAUCUGCAGAGGCGGCAGGGAGACGGCCAGGGUCUGCAGAGGCGACAGGGAGACGGCCAGGGUCUGGAGAGGCGGCAGGAAGACGAAUGGGGUCUGCAGAGGCGUCAGGGAGACGGCCAGGGUCUGCAGAGGCGUCAGGGAGACGGCCGGGGUCUGCAGAGACGGCUGACGCGGCUCGACACCAGGAACGGGGGUCUGCGGAGGUCUGGCAGCAGGAACGGGGGUCUGUCGCGGCCCGGCAGCAGGAACAUGGGUCUGUCGCAACCUGGCAGCAGGAAUGGAAGGCUGACGCGGCCCGACAGCAGGAACGGGAGGCUGUUACGGCCCGGCAGCAGAAUCCGGAACAGAAACAGAGCCAGUUAACAGAAGAGGAUUCUGUUUUCUUCAACCUAUGAUCUCCAGUGCACACUGGAACGGUUUGCUGAUGGUCUGGGAAAGCUACUGAUUACAGUCUGCUAUGUGCACUAACUUGACUUUAAAGAGCAAUUUAACAGAUUUUCAACUCUAUUCUUAUGGUUAUCAUGUGGGGAGUACAUGUAUAAAAGUGACAUUAAACAUUCUCUGAUGAAGACGCACCUGGCAUCGAAAAGUUACUCUUUAAAUUACGUUUUUUGCCUUUUAUGCUUGUUCUCCAUUAAACGUUGGACUAAGUAUCUGAA